UGCAGUGCAGUUGCGAGAGAGGAGUGCGCGCGGUCACAACUCGUCGACGGCAGCGUUGGGGCAUCCAAAUUAUGCCAAAUAGCAUCAUCGACGGUAGCACGAGCAGUAGCAGCAACGCCAACGCCAACGUCAGCGCCGACCAGCGAUCAGAAAAUGCAGCAGAGCAAAGGAGCGGCGUCAUCGUCAUCGGCGGUAGAUAGCGGAAAGGGGGCGACGGACCUGAUGUCCAGGUCCGGUGGCGACGGCGACGGAGGCGGCGGGAACAGCUGCUCUGCCGGAUCCGGCGACCCAGCAGCGAUUAGCACAACGAUUAGAUCCAAGCAGGAGGCAACAAGGGAGCCAAAGCAGGAGGAGCAGGUGGCUAUCCACUACCUUGCCAGCUUCCAUGAGCUCUGCGUGGUUACCGCCCUGCUGCCGCUGGUGACGCUCUUCACGUGCUUCGUGACCGCCUACGUCUUCCAGUACGACGAUGUCCACGAGACACAUUGCCGCGUAUACAACAUAAUACCCUCGAUAAGUGCAAUUACCGGCGUCAGUCCGCAGCGCUACUUCUGGCGGUUCAGUAUUGCGCUCCACAUUGGUCCACGCAUCCCCAUCGCCUUCGUCUAUAAGAACUACUACCGCUCGCAGCUGCGUCGGAUUAGUCCCGCCCAGGUGCCUCAGACGAGUCUGCUCAUCACGCUGAUCCUGGUGCUCAAUUGCAUUGAGAUCGCGGCCUUGGGCGGCGUCACCUAUAUAUCGAAUCGCGAGAACUACCCUGUUCAUGAGCGGAUCUUCAUCACUUUCAUGAUAUGUUCGCUGUGCUAUAUGCUGGCCACGAUUAAGCUGAACGGCAUCCUCAAUGCCGGACAAUCGUUGAGCGAACAGCAAAGGCUGUCCAUCAAGUGGAAGAAGAUUCUCUUCGCCAUCUCCAUCCUGAGCACCGUCGGACUGCUGGUGUUCUUUGCCAAACACCGUUUCUACUGUCACGAUUUGGCCUUCAGUUGGUUCGCUUUCUUCGAGUAUUUGAUCGCCAUUGCCAACAUGCUAUUCCAUUUCACCAUAAUCUGGGACUUCCCAUCGCAGUUCAUGAUGAUCGUUCAGGGACCGCGCGAGAAUCUCGCCCAGUAUUUGAGCAACCGGCCGAAAGUGGAUUAGAGAUUGGACUAAGGAUCCCACCUGCAUGCCACUUCUCUCCCAGUGUGUAUAGAGUGUGUGUAAUUCCCAUACGAAACGUACAAUUAAACGAACUUCUUCAACUUUAAAAACUAAGCGCUUCCAUACAAAACCGAUCAAACCACAAACAACAAAAUUCUUCUAGUUUCUUCGAUUCUUCUCUCUUUAAAAACACUAAUCUGUUGAUUCCGAAAACCCCUUAAGAAAUCCAAAAAUCAAUCCAUAAUAUAAGGAAAUGAAAACCGUAACGAAACGAAAGCGAAAUGUUCCAUAGUUCCACAAUUAAUAUAAUUAUUAAAUCUAAAACAAAGUAUGUAAAGAAAUUUUGCCAGAUAAGAGGGCAUAACGUUCUAUGUACACAUUCUAAAUACAUGAAAUAAGUUAACUAAGGAUUAAGUGCACCCAAAGAGAACAACCAAACAAGAAAACAAACAAACAACAAUAAGGUAAUAGUUAUAUAUUAUGCCUAAAAUGGAUCGCAGUUCGCCAGAUCUCAUGUCAAUUUCGAAUCGAAUCCAGAAGAGCCAGCAAAGGGCCAGCGUUUCAUUUGUUAGACAGUAAAUUAAAUAGAAAGUCGUAUUACUUACCACUUAGUACAUAUCGUUUAUACAAGAUGCAAAAACGAGCAAACGGGAAAUAGCCUAUUUGGGUCUGGCCCUAUUGGCCCUACCCCGAAAAAGAAAAAAAAGAAACAAAUAAUACUAAAAUAAAUAGAACAAAAAUUAACACGAUUGUAACAGAAUUCAGACAAUAGACAUUAAGCUGCGACAUUAUCACGGGCAACGAACAAAAAUCACAGAUCACAUCAGAGAUCUGAUCAGAGCAGUGAUGGGAAGUAUCUAGAAAAGUAGGAAAUAAUAUUCUUAUUUAGAAAGUAAUAUCCACUUAUCUCCAUAGUGCAAGAACACAUUUAUUAAACAAUUUCUAUACUUUUAAAUGUAAAAUAACCAACAAUUUCGUUUAGUAACAAAAGUUACUAAUGAAAAAGAUAAGAAUUUUUGAAAAUUCGGAACCAAGAAGAUUCCUCACAUAGGAAUUAAAGUCUGAGAAACUAUAUUAAUUCAAAUAGUUUUUGAAACUCUAUUUAUAAUUUGAUCCAAAAACCCUACUUAGAUCAAAACAAAAUCUGUACCUUUCCCCUCACUGUUCGUAGGAUCGGAGAAUCUGGUUGGUUAAAACUUCUGAUGUCAGAAUAAAUUAAUGUAGCAAAUAAAAACCAAUUGUUCUUAGCCAACUUUAAUAGCAAAAUGAAAAUAUUUGAAAGAAAAAAAAACUGAGAAUUAGGUAAUGCAAUAUCGCAAGUAUUUGAUGAGCGAUCGGGGUGAAAACAAAUACCAUAGCUAACCGAAAUUGUAAACCAAAUGAUUUGGGUCGAUAUAUAUAUAUAUAUGUAUACAUAUAUAUUUUGCAGUAGUUCUUUUUUUUCUCCACGAAAAGUAUUUAGCUUAAAUCGAAGAGAGUUCAAAAUGAUAUUACUUAUUUAACUUUGUACUAUACACUCACACACCAGAGUCAAGCGGAAGCUUUUAUUCCAUAAGUAAUAUUAUUAUAAUUACUACCAUUAUUAUUAUUAUUAUUACGAUUAUGCAUUGUAUUUGCGAGAGAUCGGAGCUUUAAGUAAUAUCCUCUAUUUCCACCAAGAAAAACAAACAACAAACUGUAGCUAAACCAAUGAAACAAUUGUUAAUUCUCACACAAAACUUGAUUAAUGUACGGAUGGAUAUACUCACUUGAAAGUUAAACCUAUGUAUUCCAGAUCAUGCGAUAUGUUAUGCAAUAGUUUAGUUGCCAGUUGCCAGUUGCACCUUGCGAUCGAGCAAAUAUAUAUAUAUAUAUUUAAAUUAUUGUUGAUGUUUAACACACAACCUGAGUUUAGCUCGUCUCACUAUAGCUCUAUAGCUCUGUCCCGCUCCGUUCCGAUUUUCCAAUUAUGUGCCUCUCUCUCUUUCGCAAACCUAAGGAUAUAUAUACUUCCAUAGUGUGGAUAUAUAUAUAUAUAUUCAUAUGCGCUUUAUAUAUUCGCUCAUUGGCUGAUUUCCAAAUUAUUUUAAACCGGCAAAAAAAAAAAAAUUAAAACAAAAAAACAGCAGCAACUCUGGGAUGGUCACUUUUUAAAAUGCAACUUUUUACCUUUGCAUAACUUUUUAGGCGACACAACGUAAGAGAAUUAAUUAAAAACCAAAAACAAAUUAACUAUGAAAUAUGUAAACUUUGUAGCUUCCUAAUUUGAAUAAAGAUAAAUACAACUCACAAGAA